AUGCUGCUCCGGCCAGAUCACGGCCUCCGCGCGCCGCCGGCGCCCGCGCCCGCCCCUGCCCGGGCCUCCGCCUCCGUCUCCGCGGCGGCGCUCCCCGCCGUCUCCCGCCUCCCCCGCGGCGCGCUCCGGCUCCCCCGCGCGGCUUCUACACUCAGGGGCAAAGCGUCGAGCGCCGUGCGGGCGUCGGCUGGCUCCGCGGAGCCAGCGGGCAUGCCGUCGCUGGCGCACCGGGAGGUGGCGCGGGCCGUGGCGGAAGCGGCGGCGGCGCGGCUGGGCGCCCGGCUGCUGCCAUCGGCCGUGCCCGCCGACGUCGCCGAGUUCCGCAACGGCGACGGGACCGCCCUCGGCUCCCUGGACGUGCGCCGCGGCGCGCCCGACUCCUCGAUUGAUUUCAUGCUGCAGUCGUCGCUUCACUGCAAAGUCCCAAAUGGUGCAAUCGACAUCACGUCUCUUUUCAUCAACCUAAAUGCCUCGACGGAUGCACCACAUUUCAUCAUGGAGUUCAUCCAAGGCAGCCCAACAUCAAUGGUCGUGCUUCUGGACCUGCUCCCAAGGAAAGACCUCGCGCUCCAUCCAGAGUACAUCGAGAAGUACUAUGAAGAUACCGAGGUGGACAAGCAGCGCAAAAUCAUCGAACAAUUGCCGCAAGCCCGCCCGUACCUUUCGCCGUCUCUCUUCGUGCGCAGCGCAUUUUCUCCGACGGCGGUGUUCUUCACCAUUGACUGUGGGAAAGGAGGGGAGGGCACCUUGGAAGAGAUUGUGCAUGGUCAUCUUGCGUCAGUUGUGAAGGGGAUUCUUCAGAUCUGGCUUGAUACUUGCGCCAGUGACGCCUCAGAAAUGGAAGAGGGCGAGCGAGAGAUCAUGGUCAAGAGGGACCGAACUGUAAGAUCAAAAUCGAUUGAGGUUGACCUGACCGCGAAUUUGCCGAGGAUGUUUGGCCCCGACGUGUCCGGACGCAUCAUCGCUGAAAUUCGUAAGGCCUUUGGGGUACAAGAGGCCUAGGAUUCAGAAGUACAAAUGUGACUUUAGAUUACAAACCAAUGGGAAUGUAAAUAAUUAUUUGGUGGAAAACGUUUCUAAUUUGCAGUA